AUGGAGCAAGAGCACAUGAAGCUCCCCGUCAUCAACCUCGACGUCUACCUCGACAAUCCGUGCGCCUCGUCCCCCCCGGUCCAGCAGGAGUGCCGCCGGGCCGCCGACGCCCUCAUCACCUACGGCGCGCUGGUGCUGCACGACUCGCGCGUCGCCGAGCGCGACAACGAGCGCUUCCUCGACCUCGUCGAGGACUACUUUGCCCAGCCCGAGGCCGACUUGCGCCGCGACGAGCGGCCCGACCUGAGCUACCAGAUCGGCGUCACGCUCGAGAACACGGAGAAGCCCAAGUGCGCCGUCGACGAGCCCUGCCUCGACGUCAUCCAGCGCCUGCACCCGUCCCAGCGGCCCCUCGACAUCUCGGCCCACGCGCCCGACCCCAAGUGUCGCUUCUUCUGGCGCAUGGCCGAGCCGCCGCCGUACGAGACGCAGUUCCCGGGGCUGAAUGCGCCCAACGUGGUUCCCGACGCGCCGCACAUCAAGGACCGUUGGGCCCCGUGCAUGGAUCAGUGGGGGACGUCGAUGAAGAAUGCCGUCUCCAAGCUCUCGGAAAUGGUCGCCAUCGGCCUGGGCCUCCCCGCCCACUUCUUCAGCGACGCUGGACGAUACGGGCCCCAUCUCCUCGCCCCGACCGCCUCGGACCUGGCCAAGUACGGUCAAAGGGACACCAUCCUCGCCGGCUUCCACACCGACCUCAACUUCCUCACCAUCCACGGCCGCUCGCGCUACCCGGGGCUCAACAUCUGGGCGCGCAACACGGGCAACCGCAUCCCCGUCAAGAUCCCGCCCGGCAACCACCUGCUCGUCCAGGCCGGCAAGCAGCUCGAGCACAUCACCGGCAGUCUCAUCAAGGCCGGCUAUCACGAGGUCGUGGUCAACGACGACACCAUCGCCGCCGUCGAGAGGCGCUCCCGAGAGUUCCCUGACCGGCCCCUGAUCCGCAUCUCCAGCACCCUGUUCUGGCACCUCAACUCCGACUUUGACCUGGAUCCCGUGCCCGAGCUGGUGGAGCGUGCGCGCGAGCUGAGGGCUGAGCAGGCCAAGAUUGGUCGCGACGAGGGCGACGUGGCUGCUUAUCCCCCCAUCAAGGUUGGCCACCAAGUCCAAGGCGAGCUCAAGCACAUCGCCUUGAUGGUAUGA